AUGAUUGCAGCAAGACAACUUCGCAGGAAUCCAGGAGACAGUGAGGCCCUUAGAGUUCGGGGAUUCCUACACCAGCUGGAUGGGAAGAAGAGUAAAGCGAUUGAAUGCUUUGAAAAGGCUUUAGAGUUUGAUCCUGACAAUGAUGAAUAUCUCAAUGCUCUUUUUCGUCUUUGGAGCGUGCGCUGUGAGCAGCCGUCCAAGCAUUCUUACACUAUUCGAACAAUGGGAAAAAUGGAUUCAGUUCGCAAACUUUUCGGUUCGCGAACCGGGUCCCGGAACGGAUUAAGUUCAAAUAUCUUUGCAGCCUUUCAGUUCACUGAUUUCACCAAAUUCUGCAGUUCCACCUGUGUGAUAAACUUCAGGAUGAGGAGUAGUGCUUGCAAUGAGUGCGGGGACCAGUGGGCUGUUGGUGACACACAGGAAGAUUUGUUGAAAGUGAAUCUCGAUUGGCUUCAGUGUCACUUCACGUGGACUCCACAGAAAGAAACCAUUGACCUGGAUGAUAUGAAACAAAGAUUAGAAGAUUCAAUAGAGGCUGGUGUGAAAUAUCAAGCCAGGUCUUACAACCAUCUCGCCUUUAUAAACUGUCUGCAAGGAAACUGUGAAGAGGCAAUUCAGAAUUUAAAGGAAGCUGAAAAGAUUCUGAGGGAGAGACAUGAAGAUGAAUUUGAAAAGAGAAUCUUGGUCACCUAUGGAAACUAUGCCUGGGUUUAUUAUCACAUGGACCGACUGGAGGAGGCUCAGUCCUACCUCGACAAACUGGAGACCGUCUGUAAACUAUUUCCUGAAGCCUCUCGGUUUACAGCAAUGAUACCUGAGGUUUACGGGGAGAAGGGCUGGUCACUGUUGACUACAGCCGCUCAACAUUAUGAAGAGGCAAAGGAAUGUUUUACAAAGGCCCUGGAGGAAGAUCCUGACAACAUUGAGUGGAAUGUUGGCUAUGCCACUGUAAUGUUCCGUCUGGAAGGAUUUUCUGGGACCCCAGAGAGCUGGAGGCCCCUGGAAUCAGUGACUUGGUUUAGACGUGUGCUGGAGCUGGAUCCUGAUGAUUCUGUAUCCAUGGUGCUGUUGGCUCUCAAACUACAACAAAGCCGGAGAAACGAUGAAGCAUUCGCUUUAGUUGAACGAGCAUUGAAGAAGUCCCCUGAUCUUCUGUAUGUGCUUCGAUACGCAGCACAAUUUUACAGAAAUUGCAACAAUGUGGAAAAGGCUAUGGAGCUGUUGAAGAGAGGAUUAGAAAUUAGCCCACACUCCACCUUCAUACAUCAUAAAAUAGGCCAAUGCUACAGAACCAAAUUGUACCAAGUGAUCAACUAUCCAGGCAGUAAAGAUCCUCGCAAUCCAGCAUUUCAGCAGAAAGCUGAGCUGAUUAAUAAAUGCAAGUACCAUUUUGAAAAGUCUUUUGAGAAACGAAUGCUGACAUCUACUAAAUGCCACCUUGAUUUUGCUCAAAUUUGCUUAUUAAAUGAAGAAUAUGACAAAGCACAGGAAAUCUACAGUCACCUCCUGACACUGGAAGGUAUUCGUCCAGAGAAUAAGCAAGCGAUAUGUUUAGCAGUCGGGUUAUUUGAGCUAAAGUACAAGAAUUCAGAAUCAAACGCCAUCCGACAUUUUCUGGUGGGAAUGAAAGUCGAUUAUGCUUCAGUGGAACGGAAAAGGUGCCGUGAAAACCUGGAGAUGAUUGCAGCAAGACAACUUCGCAGGAAUCCUGGAGACAGUGAGACCCUUGGAGUUCGGGGAUUCCUCCACCAGCUGGAUGGGGAGAAGAAUAAAGCGAUUAAAUGCUUUGAAAAGGCUUUAGAGAUUGAUCCUGAUAAUGACGAAUAUCUCAGUGCUCUUUGUGAAUUACGCCUUUCCAUCGAGGUCAGAAGCAACCUUCCCAACAAAAACUAAACAACUUUGUGAAGUGCAUCAACUCCUCUGAGUUAUAAACAGAUUUAUU